CUUCGGGGUUGGUAGUCGAGCAGCGUCCGUCGACAGGGUUGAACGUAAUCCUUGACGUUAGCUGCUGAAGGAGAGUGACGCGAUCUUGAAAAAUUCGGUAGGGAGAAGCCGGUUGAUUUGCAACGUUGCGGUUUAAAAUGGAUUGAAGUCACGGGAUAUCAGAGAGUGAUAAUUCAGGUUGGUAUAAGAAGAAUCGGAAAUAAUGGUGGAUAAACUGCACGAGUACGAGGGAUUAGCCGGUAGGAUUCACGGAGUGCGAGAUAAAGUUGGCGAGAAAUGGAACGGUUGGAAAGAGUGGAAACAGAGCAUUCCUUUGGACCAAGGACUCGAGGGUGUUUUGAACCAUCUUCGAGGCCCUCCAAAGCUGGAAAAGACCCUCGACGACUAUUCGCACAUAUACAGGAAAAAAACGCGGGGUGAGCUGGUCCGGAUCUCGGCCGCCGUGAUGGGCAUCGAGUUUUCUUACGCGGCCGAAACCGCGUUCGUGUCACCGACGCUCCUCAAGAUCGGUGUGGACCACCAGCACAUGACCUUGGUCUGGGCGCUGAGUCCUCUGGUUGGUUUUUUCGUGACCCCGUUCCUCGGCAGCGUGAGUGACCGUUGCAGAAUACGACAAGGAAGAAGAAGGCCGUUCAUCCUGCUCCUGGCCAUCGGUGUCUUCAUCGGAUUGAUCCUCGUCCCCAACGGUGAAAACAUGGGAUACGCCUUCGGCGACACUCCGACGGUUGUCAAUCAAACCGUUCCUUUGGGGCAUCGAACCUCGGGCACAACUUCUACGGGUGAAAACCAUCACUCGCCUCCAACCUCGUCCCAUUCUUGGGGGAUAUUCUUCACAAUACUCGGGACUGUUCUCCUCGACUUUGACGCUGACGCGUGUCAAAGCCCAGCCAGAGCCUAUCUUCUAGACGUCACUGUUCCAGAGGAUCAUGCCCGGGGACUCAGCACUUUCACCAUCAUGGCCGGAUUGGGGGGCUUCAUGGGCUAUGGACUGGGAGGCAUCAACUGGGACGCAACGACCCUUGGGGUCAUGCUGGGGGGCCACCUUCACGCGACCUUCACCUUAAUCACGAUAAUAUUCGUGAUAUGCGUCUUUUGCACCAUCACCAGCUUCAAGGAAAUUCCACUUGAGGUCCUCGAGCGGGAUCAGUACCAACGAUUCCACGACCAGAAGAUGUCGGAGAGCAGGAAGUCGGAAGAGUCGGACAAGAUUGCAGCCGAGGAGUGUACCUCGUAUGGAACCCUGACGCAGGCGGAGGAUCCGACGAACAUUGGAAACACUGCAGAGGAGUUCAUCCUCAGGCAGCUACCCACCGGUGAACGUCCCAAGCGACCUGGCGCUGUUCCCAUGAUUCCCGACGUGCUUCCGGAGGCUGCAAUGGCGACGGAGAACAACGGAUUCGACGAGGGCGUAGAGACGAGCUCCAGAACAACUCUGAGAGAGUAUCUUCUCUCGAUACUCUACAUGCCUCACAGCAUGAGGAUGCUGUGCUUGACGAAUCUGUUCUGCUGGAUGGCACACGUCUGCUACUCUCUCUACUUCACCGAUUUUGUUGGCGAGGCGGUUUACGGGGGUGAUCCUAAGGCUUCCGACGGAUCUACUGAACGACAACUUUACGAAUCCGGGGUUCGAUUUGGGUGCUGGGGGAUGUCGAUGUACUCCUUAUCGUGUGCCUGUUACUCGCUCGUCAUUGAGAAACUCAUUAAACGCUACAAAGCCCGGAAAGUCUAUAUAUGCGGCCUGCUGUUCUACAGCACGGGAAUGAUGAUGAUGGCGCUGACGAAACACCCUGUGGGUGUAAUUAUUUUCUCGUGGACAGCCGGCGUCAUGUAUUCGACACUCUUUACAAUGCCGUAUCUGCUAAUUGCCCAUUACCACGCUUCGUCAACGUUCGAGGUCGGGGUGGAUGGGGUCGCUGUUCAAAGCGGCGGUGUCCGAGGCCUGGGUACGGACGUGGCGAUCGUUUCGUCGAUGGUGUUCCUGGCGCAAUUCCUCCUGUCCUGUGGUCUUGGGACCAUCGUCAGCGUCUCGGGAACGACAACAGCAGUCGUAUGGGUGGCAUGCAUGUUGGCCGCUUGCGGUGCCGCUUCAGCAACCCAAAUCAUGUACUUGGAUCUCUGAAGAGCAUACGUAUGACUACUAUAUCAACAAGUUUUGAGCACCGAAUAACUGGUUGAUGGAUAUACGCGAUCGCCAGUGUCGUACAAGCUAAUCAGUUUUAUUGUCUGGAAAAAAAUAUCAAGAGAUUAUGCAUAGAAAAAUUAAGUCUCUCUGUAAUAGGCGUGACACAUACACCAUUAUCCUUAUUUUUGUCUAUGGGUAGUCAAGAUGGGUAGAGUUAUACCCAUCACUGAGAUAAAAGCAGAAUCAUCUAGAUGAAAAUUAAGGAUAAACUUAAAUUGACUCGAAUUAUCUCUAUGUAUUAGAUGAAAGGUGAAGUGAAUUUAUCGAAGAUAAUUAUCUUAGAUAAAAUUAUACAACAACAAUUAUAGUACACCGCGAAUUAGGCAUCAUGAUUCGGCAGAGGUAAAAAUGAAAACGCAUUGAAUCACGGCAUGAUACAGACGUGGGAAAAGAAUUUGGUUCCGAGCUUAGCGACUUGCGUCUUUUUUAAUUUUUGACAAUGUCGAUUCAAGUUCGGUUCGUAUAUCGACAUAAAAAAUAUGUUGGAAAACAUUAUAUCAGCUGCGAUUUAUUGCAAUAUUAAUUUCUCCGAUAUCGAAGGCGCAGAAAAGUUCGCGCAAGCUGAUGGGCUUUUAUUCUGUUACAUUGUGUUAUUUUUGAGUAAAAAUUACUGUGAAAAUGUACAUUUAUUUAUACAAGUGGAAUAUUCCUCGCGCCUAUUUGCUGAAUAAGUUAGCGACUAUCUAUUUUGAUUGAAACGAAAUAUUUGAGCAUGCACAAAUAGCCAAUAGUGUAUACAUAUAAUGGUAUGUAAAGUGUUUGAAAUACAUCGUCGCGUUAAAUCCAUAAUAUACAUACACAUGCAUAUUUUAAUCUUAUCUGAUUUAUUUAAAACAAAAUUAUCAUUGUAUAUAAUAUGACGUAAUAAUCGUAAUAGGUAUGCUGUAAAACUACCACAUUCAACGUGUAAAUAUUACUUAUUACUGUAAUCAAGUAGUUUAUAGAGUUAAUAAAAUUAAACGAACACCG